UCAGCUGACUUCAGACGCCAUUUUGUCAGCCAUUUCCUACACUGAUCCAUUGGCAGCGUCUUUGCACAGACCCAGGACGCCCCGUCUGGCCUCGCCUUCAUCUGCCCGGGAUUAGUAAACAGCGGCGGACCCUGCAAAGACGGUACCCGGGUGGAUGAGAGACAGUCCAGCGGGUCGGUCAGCACCCACAAGACCCUCUGCAAGGCGCUUGGUCCCGCAGGACAGAAGCGACACAAGCCACAGCCAGACAUGGCUUUGAAGAUUGUCAAAGGGAGCAUCGAUCGGAUGUUCGAUAAAAACCUCCAAGAUUUAGUACGUGGCAUCAGGAAUCACAAGGAAGAUGAGGCCAAGUACAUCUCCACCUGCAUCGAUGAGAUCAAACAGGAGCUCAAGCAGGACAACAUCGCUGUCAAAGCCAAUGCUGUGUGCAAGCUCACCUACCUUCAGAUGCUGGGUUAUGAUGUCAGCUGGGCCGCUUUCAACAUCGUUGAAGUCAUGAGCUCAUCCAAAUUUACAUACAAGAGGAUUGGCUACCUGGCAGCCUCGCAGUGCUUUCAUGAGAGCACUGAUGUCAUCAUGCUGACAACCAAUCAGAUCCGAAAGGAUCUCAGCAGUCCUAACCAAUAUGACACAGGUGUUGCCCUCACUGGCCUGUCUUGUUUUGUGACUCCUGACCUGGCCCGGGACCUUGCCAAUGACAUUAUGACUCUGAUGUCACACACUAAGCCCUACAUCAGAAAGAAAGCGGUGUUGAUCAUGUACAAGGUGUUUUUGAAGUACCCAGAGUCCCUGCGACCUGCUUUCCCCAGGCUCAAGGAGAAGCUGGAGGACCCAGACCCAGGUGUCCAGUCAGCAGCAGUAAAUGUUAUCUGUGAGCUGGCCCGAAGGAACCCCAAGAACUAUCUGUCUCUGGCCCCGCUCUUCUUCAAGCUCAUGACCUCUUCCACUAAUAACUGGGUUCUCAUUAAGAUCAUCAAACUGUUUGGUGCGCUCACACCCCUGGAGCCUCGGUUGGGGAAGAAGCUGAUUGAACCUCUGACAAACCUAAUCCACAGUACCUCAGCCAUGUCCCUGCUGUAUGAAUGUGUCAACACGGUGAUUGCAGUGUUGAUUUCCUUGUCCUCUGGGAUGCCCAACCACAGUGCUAGUAUUCAGCUCUGUGUGCAGAAACUGCGAAUCCUGAUAGAAGACUCGGACCAGAACUGUGAGCCCUCUGUCAAUGCCUGCAUGAAAUACCUGGGCCUGUUGGCCAUGUCAAAGAUCCUGAAGACCCAUCCCAAGUCAGUGCAGUCCCAUAAGGACCUCAUCCUCCAGUGUCUGGAUGACAAGGAUGAGUCCAUCCGCCUGAGGGCCCUGGACUUGCUCUAUGGCAUGGUAUCCAAAAAGAACCUGAUGGAGAUUGUGAAGAAGCUAAUGCUGCAUGUGGACAAAGCAGAGGGUACUACCUACAGAGAUGAACUUCUCACCAAGAUCAUCGACAUCUGCAGCCAGAGCAACUACCAGUACAUCACCAACUUUGAAUGGUACAUCAGCAUUCUGGUGGAGCUGACCCGAUUAGAAGGCACUCGGCACGGCCACCUCAUCGCCUCGCAAAUGCUGGAUGUGGCCAUCCGGGUUAAAGCCAUCCGGGCCUUCGCUGUGGCCCAGAUGGCUACACUGCUGGACAACGCCCACCUGCUGACCGGCAACACACAGAGAAACGGCAUCUGUGAAGUGCUGUAUGCCGCAGCCUGGAUCUGUGGCGAGUUCUCAGAGCACCUGGAGAACCCACUGCAGACGCUGGAGGCCAUGCUGCGGCCCAAGGUGGCCACCCUCCCGGGCCACAUCCAGGCAGUGUACGUGCAGAAUGCGGCCAAGCUGUUUGCCACUGUGCUGAGGAGCCAGGAGGGGAACACAGACAGCACGACCGCACAGGAAACCAGCCAGCUGAUGAUCGACAGACUCCCGCUCUUUGUUCAGAGCGCCAACUUGGAAGUGCAGGAGAGGGCAUCCUGCAUCUUGCAGCUGGUCAAGUACAUUCAGAAACUGCAACAGAAAGACGUAGAGGUGGCUGAGGAGGUCAGUGCUCUGUUUGCCGGAGAACUUAACCCUGUAGCCCCCAAGGCGCAGAAGAAAGUGCCUGUCCCUGAGGGUCUGGACUUGGAUGCCUGGAUCAACGAGCCACCAUCUGAAAGUGAGUCUGAGGAUGAGAAGCCCAAGGCUAUUUUUACCAAGGAGGAGCCCAAACACUCGCGCCCACGCCACACAGAGGUGGAUGAGAAGGAGCUGGCCAGGCGGAGAGAAGCCAGGAAGCAGGAGCAAGCCAACAACCCGUUCUACAUCAAGGCCUCACCAUCCUCUCAGAAAGUGUACCAGGAAACCCCUGGUGUGGAGCACAUCCCAGUCGUGCAGAUUGACCUCAGUGUGCCUCUUAAAGUCCCAGGACUGCCGAUGUCUGACCAGUACGUGAAGCUGGAAGAGGAGCGUCGGCAGAAGGAGCGGGCAGAGAAGAAGAAGAAGGAGAAGAAGAAGAGGAAAGAGAAGCGCAGCGGCCGAGGGAAGAAGCACGACUCGGGCCCGGAGAGUGAGGAGGACAUCACACCUGCGCACAUGGUGGACAUUGUUACUGAAGAGAUGCCAGAGAAUGCCUUACCGAGUGAUGACGAUGACAAAGACCCUAAUGACCCUCACAAAGCCCUGGACAUUGACCUGGACAACUUGGUGGCAACAUCUGGGCGCAGGCCUCUGGCAGACAGUGAGAAGCUACCAGUAAGGUCACACCGUCCCACAGAGGCUCCAAAAAGCCCAGCAGAAGACGGAGACACAGAGAGCGCAGCCCCUCAGGAGCCCAAGAAGAAGAGCAGCAAAGAGAAGAAAGAGAAGAAGAAGGAUAAAGACAAAGACAGAAAGAAGAGCAAAGAGGAGAAGAAGAAGAAAAAACACAAACACGAGGAAGGGGGGGAGGAUCUUCUGGGGGGUCAGCCGGACGAGCCUGUGGUCCAAUCAGAAGAGCCCAAUGAGGAGGUAGCACUGCCCACUUCAACUAGCGCUGAGGUUUCGGAUCUGGAUUUCUGGCUCUCAAAUGCUCCAGUGCCCUCUAACUCCCAGGAAGCAGCAACAGUAGCAGCAGCUGCCCCCAUCCCCCAGGCAGCGUCUGGCGCAGCCCCAGACUCGGAGCCUGACGAGCCCAAAGACACCGAGGUGGAGACUAAGUCGUCCAAACACAAGAAGAAGAAGCAGAAAAAGGAGAAGGAGGAGAAGGAGAAGAAAAAGAAGAAGAAGCAUCACCACCAUCAUCACCACAGUGAUGGAGGCGGAGAGGAGUCUGUGCAGAAUGGCACUGUGGAGGAGGAGGAGCCUCUCCCGCCCAUGUCCAAUUACUGCCUACUGGCUGAGAACUCCUACAUCAAGAUGAUGAUGGAAGAUGCUGAUCAGGUGUGUGACAUCCAGGGGAACCUGCAAGAUGGCAGUCAGGUGGUGGUCUCUGUUAUAUUUGAGAACAAGUGCAACAGCUUCCUCAAAUCCAUGGAGUUCAAUGUCCUGGACUCCCUCAACUCCAAGCUGCAGAGGCCAGAGGGGGCGGGCCCACAUGACGGCCUCACUGUACCCUUCCAGCUUCCCCCUGGGGUAUCAAACGAGGCGCGCUUUGUCUUCACUGUGCAGAGCAUCGUGAUGCCUCAGAAACUGAAGGGAACCCUCACUUUCAUUGUCAAGAAUGAGGACUCCUCUACUCAUGAGAAACUGGACUUCAAACUGCACUUUACCUGCACCUCCUACCUGAUCACAACUCCUUGUUACAGUGAUGCGUUUGCAAAGCUGCUGGAGUCGGGGGACCUGAAGGGCAGCUCUGUCAGACUGGAGGGAGUGAACAUGCCCUUCCACCACCUACUGGCCAGGAUCUGCUUCCACCACCACUUCUCUGUUGUGGAGAGGAUCGACUCCUGUGCCUCCAUGUACAGCAGGUCUAUCCAGGGUCACCACGUCUGUCUGCUGGUCAAAACUGCUGAUCAGACCGUGUCCAUUGACGCUAAAUGUGACGAGCCGUCACUGCUUGGGAAUGUGCUGGAUGAGAUCAAGCAGACCUUCUCUCAGUGCUGAUUGUGUUUGACAGCCCUAGGGGGCCCCCCACCCCAGCCCACCAGCCCUCGACCCCCACCACAGCCUCCCUACCCCUCCACACCACCUUUCCCCAAGCUCUCACUAAAACACACAUAAUCAUAAGAAAGUUAAGAAAACACUGCGGCUGGCACUCCCAGCACAGCCCUAUUUAUUAGUCCUCAGAUUCACAAAAACUCCUUCGUCGUACCUGCUCCACCGUCCCCAUGCUCUCUGCUCCUCCUCCUCCUCGGCACUCUGAGCUCCGCGCUCGCCCCCUGACACUCGAUGUUGUUUUACAGACUCACUGUAUACACGCUCACUCUUCUUUGUGCACUUUGGUUUUUUUGCUUAUCCUUCCUGGUUUUUAGCCCCUGACUUCGCUCCUGCACCCCCAACUCCAGCUCUACACUGAGCUUUCGUUUCUCAAUGCUGGUGUCCUCUGCUCUCUCCUGUGUACCUCUCCUCCACUCUUAUCGGCAUUACAGUCUGUGAUGGUCAUGUAAUGUAAUCUGACAACUGGACAAUUGUGUUUUUACUGUUUUGAAGUUAUUUUUGUUUGAUUUUUUUUUUUUCGUUUUGUUUUUUUGUUGCUUGUUUUGUCGAUUUUUGUCUGAAGCCCGUCUGCGCCUUUCUCUUGCCCUCCUUUGCAUUAAUUAAACGUCAGUGUGUGUGUGUCUGUGUGUGUGUGUGUGCUGCUCUCCUGUAUAGUCCUGGAAAUCGGGUGACUGAGUCUUCCUCAGACUGGCCCUAGCUGGAAAUAAUAGGGACUCUAAGCCGCUCACCUACCACUGACCUGGAGCCUGGAGAAGAACGGACAGCGGGCGAUUGCUCUGUGAUUAGUUCAGUGUUGAAACCAAAGCUUCACAUAAGGCACGAGUUUAAACUAGUACCAGUGCCAUCGCCCUGCUGAAUGUGACAGGAUCAGACCCUAAUGAGGCCUGGAGCAGAUCUGCUCAUGUUUGUUUAACAGAACCCUUGCGCGGGAGUCUGCUUGUGGUACUACGGGUGAUUUGUACAGUAGAUCAGUGGCUUUGCUCUGUGCCUCUGACCUGCUCCAGUGCUCCAUGAGUCUUGUAGAGCCCCACCUCCCUCCCCCGGUGUCUCUGCUCCCCUGUUCCAGCUGUACUAAGCUGCAGUUUGACCCCAGCUACUUGCAACAUUUCAAUCCUUCCAAGAAUUCAAACACCUGAGCCAGCACAUUGCCCUAUCCAGAAAGAAUUGGAACAGGAAGACAAAGAAUGGCUCAUUGAAACUCUUGCACCAGUCAGCCUGGGAGUGUAGAAGUCACUCUGCAAGCUUCUGUUACGUAGAUUGUGUUAUGAGGUACAUGUUUCACCAAAUUGCAGCUCACUGUCAGGCCAGUGACGUCUGUUUAUGCACCUUUUAGCCUCCAGUCACACUCAUGGAUGGGCUUGUUUAGUUGCAUAGCAGAUGUUGUUGCUGAUGAUUUGUUGCUGAAGCAUGAUAGUCUCACUGCAUUCCUAACACAUUGCUCUCUGCCCAUAGCCAUCUGUCAAAUUGCCACAUGGCCGAGUGAGAAACAGAAUAGAGUGACGUUGUCAAGUUACUUUACUCUUCUGCCUCUUUUCUUUUGAUUAGCUUGUGGCGAAUGAAGACGAGCAUGCAUUGACCUCACCUAAGGAUAGAAACCGUCAAACGAUCACGCUCCUCCUGCUUUUAACCAGCCAGUCUGCAUAUCAAGCUGUGUAUCGUGUUCUGUUUGUAAUCAGAAGGUUAGUUUUAAGCAGCUCUUGGGAAUGGAAGACUCAUAAGUGCGCUCAGUAGUUCAAGGUUUCUUUUUUAAUCAGUGUUAGACAACGUGGCCUCCACUGUGAGAAAACAACUGGUCCGUCGGCACCAGAACGGAGGUGUGUCUGUCUCGUGUUGGGUCUCUGAAGACUUCUGCACCUGUGCCACUUAAACAUUUGCAUUACAGUAGCUCUGCACGCCGCUGAUACCGAGCCACCGCUUACCGAGAUGUAAUCCCAGUGUUAUGUCAUAUACCCCUCACCCCAAAAUUGCCUUUGCCACUUCUUUUGUGCAUUGACAUAUGAUGACAUGUUACAACUUGCUCAGAGGUACUUGCUGCUUCGGUUUCUGUCAGUAAUGUCUCAAAUCACUGCCUGGUCCAGCACGACUCAACUUGGUAGUAGCAACAUAAGAACUAACUCUGUAGCGUCUUUUUGUUUGUAUAUCCCAGUUAGGCUCCCUUCACAUCUGUCAGCAACUAUAGAUAAUGAUAAUGAUGUCUGUGACCUCAAGGUCAGGUCAGCCAUUCCAUGAGCAUCUUCUGUCCAGUAGUAGAGUUUGAAUACAGAGUUGAUCAGCUGUCAUUCAGGAAUGUCAAAAGAAAAUAGGAAUAUACAUAUAUAAAUAUUCCCUGUUCCUGAAAAUGCUUUGACUGAUACCAGUGAAACUGAAAAAAAAAAAUGGCUCCUCUAAUCAUACAUUGUAGUAAUUAACAUUUUUUCCUGUGCAUAAUAUUUAAUUAAAAUUUGUAUCUUGCAUGAUUAGGAAUGUAUACUUUUUUAAUUUCCUUUUUUUCCAUGGACAUGCUCACAUGCAAACGAAAUCUCAUUCCUUUUUGUCCUUUUAUAUUUUUCCCUUUUUUUUUUUUUAAAUGAAGUUGAUUUCACCAUUCUAUUUUGAUGGUAUUGUAUUUUUAUUUUUUUUUCCAAGUUCAGACAAUUAUAUAAAAAAAAAAAGCUAUUGUUGAAUGUUUUAAAUUAUUUAACAUUGGGGAAGGAAGGGGGUUCUAUUUGGUGUCAGGACACUUUAGAGGAUAUGGGGCUCCGAACGAGUUGAGUAGACACAGUGUUAAUGAGAGGCAACCCACUCUGUCUUAAUUCUCUAUCAGUUCAAUUGUAGUGAUUUUAUCUUACCAAGUUUGGCUUGUGACAUCGAAAUAUACUCUCAUAUGGUUCUGUUUUUGAAGGUCCUGUCGAUUCUCCAGCUGUAUGAUGUAAUAUAAUGUUUUAAAGGGGACUACAUGAGUAAGACAACUUCAGUUGUUUGUUAUCUACAUUCCCUUUAAAGAAAGAGAAGUCUACCCAAAUUAAAAUAAAGGCUGUAAGAAGCUGCUGUAGUCUUUUUUGUGUUACAGUGAACCAAUAAACUCCCACAUAUGAUGAGAA